AUGUCAAUUAUCUUACGAUGUUUAGAUCUUUCAACAACUCCAAUAGAAGUUAAGGAGUACUUUCUAGGAUUUUUAGUUGUAGAUAAUACAACCGGUAAAGGCUUAUAUGAUGCUAUAGUUGAUGAAAUUAAAAAUAUAGGACUAGAUAUAAAUGAUGUUAGGGGUCAAGGUUAUGACAAUGGUUCAAAUAUGAAAGGAAAACAUCAAGGUGUACAGAAACGAUUGUUAGAUAUUAACCCUAGAGCAUUCUACACUCCUUGUGGUUGUCAUAGUUUAAAUUUAGUAAUUUGUGAUAUGGCUAAUUCGUGUGAUAAAGCUAGUGAAUUUUUUGGAGUUAUACAACGUAUAUAUUCGAUAUUUGCUUCAUCAACUCAAAGGUGGAAAAUAUUACAAGAUAAUAUAUCAAACCUAACACUUAAAUCAUUAUCGCAAACUCGUUGGGAAAGUAGGGUAGAAAGUGUAAAAGCAAUUAGAUUUCAAGCACCACAAUUAAGAAAAACCCUUUUACAAUUAUCCAAAAAUUGUGGAGAUCCAAAAAUUAAAAGUGAGGCUAAAUGUUUAGCUACAUAUGAACUUGAAAACUAUGAAUUUUUAUUAGGAAUGAUUAUUUGGUAUGAUGUUUUAUUUGCUAUUAACACUGUUAGUAAAAAUUUGCAAUCAAAUGAUAUGUGUAUCGAUGAUGCUAUAGAUCAACUAAAUGGACUUUUGUGUUUCUUUGAAGAAUAUAGAGAAAACGGAUUUGAAAAGGCUUUAGAUUAUGCAAAAGAAUUAGCUUUAGAAAUGAAUGAUGUUGUAAUGGAAAAUGAGUUUAAGAAAAGGCUUUUAGCGGAUGUGAUUCUUCCCAGUGACAUUGGAGUAACAUUUGAUGAAAUUGGAGCAUUGGAAAAAGUUAAAGAUACGUUGAAGGAACUGAUGUAG